UCGCAGGCUACGCGAGAAGAUCGCGAGCAUAGUCCAUCGGCAGUAACCAUUUGCACUGGUUGUUUGUGGGCAGCAUUCCUUCUUUUUGCAGGCAUUAUACUUCUCUCUACCAGACUGUUUUAUCUGCGAAAAAGAAGCUCACUUCACGCCGAGACAUGCAUCCAGCAACUACCAAGUGGUAUGAUAGAAGGGACUCCGUUUUUAUAGAGUUCUGCGUAGCAGACAGCAAAGACGUUAAAGUCAAUUUCGAUAAAACAAAGUGUACUUUCAGUUGUCUUGGAGGAACUGACAAUGUCAAACAUGAGAAUGAAAUAGACCUUUUUGAAGCCAUUGAUGAAAAUGAAUCCAAACAUAAACGUACAGAUCGCUCAGUGUUGUGCUAUUUACGAAAAGCACAGCCUGGGAAGGCAUGGCCGAGGCUAACAAAAGAGAAGGCUAAGCCGAGUUGGCUCAGUGUCGACUUCAACAACUGGAAAGACUGGGAGGAUGACUCAGAUGACGAGAAUGGCCACUUCGAACAAUUUACAGAUAUGAUGAACAACAUGGGAGGCGAGGAGGAUGACAUACCUGAUCUAGACGGUGCAGAUGAUGAUGAGUCUGCGGAUAGCGAUGAUGAGAAAAUGCCAGAUUUGGAAUAGAAGACUAGAAGACUCUGGAAAGAAAACGGAAGAACAGAGGGCAAGAGGAGUCAUGACAAAUGUAUAUCUUGAAAUUGAAGGCAGUGACAAACAACUGUACAUAUGAGUCAGUAGCCAUAUUUAAAUCCAUAGCCUCAGCUCCAAACUCUUGACCAAUCAGUCCACUGAAGGUUGAUAUGCAUGGUAUUGUACAGAGCAGCUAUCUCCACUUCCAUUUGCUGUACUGCACCUUUUGGGUAUCUCGUUUUACUGUUAAAUAUUACAAGUAAGCACACAUUAUUUGUUGGAAAAGCUGUAUAGUUGUCUUCAACUGAGCAAUACAUGUUAAGAGAUUUACAAUUUGUUUUAAAAUGAGUUGUGGUUUUAAAUGAUUAGGCCCACCCAUUCCCAAUGUUGUGGUUUAAGUUAGUUGACCAGUGUAGUCCACGAUUGAAGAAAACACUAGCUAUGUUCAUCAGAAAGAUUAGAUGCAUUUCCUGAUUGGGUUCCUUAAAGCCUUCCACGUGCUGUGAAUUUGAUAUCCAGGAAGCCGGUCUUUGUUUCUGUGGCUUAACCUUCCAGCGUACAUGUUUCCCUUCACUUAUUGUUUAAUGUUUGCAAAGUUGGAAUAUUCUGAAAAAAUGCUGGAAGUAUAUACAUCUUCCCAGAUAUCACCUACUUUGGUAAUCUGAAUGAAUUCAAAAUAUUUCAUAUGUUAACAGUUCCUCUCUUCAUACCCACCUAACAUGGACACUUAUGUUAGACUGCAGAAGCAAGGUGAAAUGUUUUGCAGCUGAUAAUGAGGCCUGAAGCUCGGUUAGGCCUCAGCAUUUUGUGGUUUGUUGCUUUCCUCCAGUUUUUUUUUCCGUGUGUUCAUCUAGAACGAUCCUCCCUUGUUGGCGAGGGAGCGUCAGAACGUUAGGCGACGUGUAAUGACCAAAUUAUAUUUGCACUGUCAAUAAAACGUAUGGGGAGAAAAGUGAUGUUGAAUUACAGUGGAAAUUCUUUUUUUAUUGUCUACAUCUUUCUAAUAAACUGUAUAAAUAAUU